UAAACCUAGGAUAUGUUUGUUUGUUAGCAUUGAGCUGUUGUUUUGCAACAAAUUGAAUUAUUUGAAAGAAUCUUUUCUGCAAAGCGUUCAAGUGGGUUGUUUUGUUUUUUUUUUUUUUUUUGGAAUUGGUGUGCUUUGUGAAGCGAGUGGCAACAAAUCCAUACGUUGAUUGUCCGUGUACGUGAAGCUUGUGAUAAAAAAUGAAGUUUAUGCAAAACAUAGUCUUGUUGCUACUAUUGUCCAGCAGUUGCUGGGCAGAUGGACAGCCACAGCCGAACCAACAAUCAGUGCAACCGGAACAAUCCCAUUCCCUGGCAGUCGGUGAAAAUGUCAGCAAAAACGUGGCCGGUGUCGUGGACAAGUCGCAGAACAAAAGAGGCGCCCCGGACAUACCGGUGGUCGUAGGUACACCGACGCAGCAUACGGCUUACAUAAAUCAUCACGUUACUGGGGCGACAGUCGUGGCUGCACCCAUUUCUGGCCACAGUACGCACGCAGCUAUCGGGACUGUUCCGUUCGGGUACGGGCAUGCGGUAUCCAGUGCCGGACACAUUCUGCAAACACCCAGCAUAGCGACAGGACACCAGCACGUGAUACACAAGGUGAAUUACGUGGCGCCCGCAUCGACGACAACACUCAAGUUGGCAACCGUCUCGGAGGGCUCACAUCUACAUCUUCAGCCCGUUAGCUCGGUUGUGACGAAGUACAACUAUGCAGUGCCGCAGCUUUCGUACGCAAACUACCCCCAGUAUCAGGUGUAUCAUCAUAACCAGCCCAGCCCCGGUACGUUGCAGCCGACCGGCACUACAAUCUUUGCCGCGCAUCAACUUCACGACCAUCCGGUGGCUACCGUCCAUGAGAUUACUCAUCAACACCAGCAGCAGCAGCAGCAGCAGCAACAUCAGCAACAACAGCAUACGGCGUACGCUCAUCAGCAGCCCAUUUACGCACACCAUCCGGCUGCCAUUCAUUACACCGUGCCAGCAUCGGUCGUCCAUGCUGGCCAGCACAAUUACCAACAGCAACAGCAGCUGCCCCUGACCCACACCCAAGCCAUCCACUACCAGGCGAACCAAGCCGGAGGACAGCCGGCAGUUCCGAUCGUCCAUCAGGCCCCGAUUGCCACCAUCAAUCAGGUACACCAGGCACAGCAGGUCUACGCUGCCCAGGGCCAGCUGACGAAGUAUCCACUGGCGGCACAGUCCUACUACGGUGCGGGUGGACUACAGCAAAAUCAGAUCUACUCUACCGUUCCCAGCUAUGCUUUCCAUCAACACGGCGCAGGCGGUGCUGGAAAGCAGCUUCUUCCUACCGUGGCUACUCCUGUUCAUCUUAAGCCAUUGGUCCCCGUUACAACGGCCACCACGACUCAACACCAUGGCAACGGUAUUAGCUACACCGCUUUCACGCAACCAUCACACGCAGCUUCCAUCCCUGUGGCGGCUCAUCUGAAGCAUGUACCACAGAGUAUACUUCAGACGCCACCUUCCUACUAUAACGCUGCAGCUUCAACCAACGUACAGCAGCAGCAACAACAACAAACGUUCCAACCACAGCCCAAUGUCUUUUACCGAAAUCAGUUGCAGCAGCAGCAGCAGCAGCAACAGCAGCAACAGCAAGCCCAGCAACAACAACGAGUACAGAUUUACUCAACCGCAGCAAGCCCGCUCCAAAAGGCUCCCUUAGUGUACUCGGCUGCCGGUCAGUUUAGCCAUCCAGUUCCAUCACAGUACGCCACGUAUGGUUACGCUCCGCAACAGCACCAUCCGGUCGCUGCCGGGGCACUUUUCCAACCGCAAGCUGCAUUGGGGAAACUCACCUACGCGCAGAAUGGUGGUUCGGCGGGAGUUGGAGCCCGUGGUCCAAUCUAUCUGUUGCACUAAUCGGUCCCAUUCAUUUCCUCACGGUUGAAAAGAGAUAGCAGACGGUUGCAUCCUCAUCUUUCCUGUAGCACUCUAAUCCACGGAUGAGUUCGCCACGAAAAGGGUUCGAAAAAAAGAGAAGCAAGCAUAGUCACUUCCUGGUGGCGCAAAAAAGGGAUAGAGUAAGGGUAGAGUAGCCGCGAGCGGAUAAAUUUAAGGGUGGUAGGAACGAUUCGAUUACAGACAACCUUUCAUCCGUAUUUAUUGGUACCAAUUACACGUAGAACAUGCAUGCGAGUGACCUCACGUCAGGGAGAUUGAAGUUCCAACGGAUUGCAACGAGCUAAAUGCAUUCCCCGUGAACAGCAAUUCUAGGGUCGUACAGAUUCUAUGGCGGUUGUUAUUGUGUGUUGGUUACUGUGUGAGUGUUUUGUGUGUGUGUGUUAAUUUCAAUUUGAGACUUUUGUGAUAAAGUGUUUCUCCUCAUGGUGAAUUGAUGGUGCACAGGCAACAGAGAAGCACCGUUGAAUUAGGUUUGAAUGUGAAACAUGUCUAACAAAUUCAUCUUGUUUUGUAACUGAUUGGCCUCGAUUGGUAUCGUUGUCAGGCAAGCGAACGAAGAUAAUUCAAUCAUCUUUCUGUUUGAUUGGAGGGUUUAGAAUGCAUUGAACGA